AUGAAGAAUGAUAUUAAAGGUGUGAAACCGGAAUGGAUGCAAGUGCAUCGCAUAAUAAACCAUGUGCAAUACGGUAAAACACAAUUCGAUUAUCUGGUGAAGUGGCGAGAGUUGGUCUAUGAGCAGGCGACAUGGGAACGCGACGAUUUCGAGAUUAUCGGCUAUGAGGAGGCGAUCAUGAAAUACUGGCAGCAUCGCGAACGUAUGAACGGUGAUAUAAUACCGAAACAUAUCGCCAAGAAGAUAGCAGCCAAACGGGCAGCUGACGGUAUCGAUGAGGAAGAGGAAAAUAAGAAGAAGAAGAAAAGAGACGUCAAAUUUGAUAUUCGGAAGAAAUACGAAGAGCAGCCAGAUUUUACCAACGAGACAGGCGGUAAAUUGCACGAUUAUCAAUUGGAGGGUAUAAACUGGUUAAGACAUUGUUGGUCACAAGGCACCGACGCGAUCUUGGCCGACGAGAUGGGUCUGGGUAAGACAAUUCAGUCGAUGGUGUUCUUGUACUCGUUGGUGAAGGAAGGACAUACGAAGGGACCAUUCUUGGUGAGUUUAUUUAUGGUAUUCAGUUAUUUUUUGGAUUUUGAUCGAUAUAAAGUUGAAACGGUGGCUGCACCGUUGUCGACGUUGAUCAAUUNUUUGGUGUCCGGACUUUUACGUGGUCACGUAUGUGGGCGAUAA